AUGAAGUAUCUACCUUUACCUCAGAUCGAAGAAGUGUCGAAUGCUCUGAAUUUUGACACUCCCGAUUUACAUGUUGUCGGGGGAUGUGAUCUUUACAUUACAAAGGCAGCGUCGGACGAUCGCAAACUCUACCACAAAAUCGAACAAUCCCUGGAAUCGCAGUACGAAUCGCUCCUCAAACUCUCCGCCUCACUUUCGCCUCCGACAAAGGCCUCUGCUCCGAAUAACGUCGCGCUAUCCCUGAACUUGUCGCGAUCAAGUCCCUUUGGUCCGCUCACCGAACACUCCAGUCGCAGGACCUUUGCCUACCUGAUCGCAACGCUGAAUGCGAGUCAUCCAGACUACGACUAUAGUCAUGUUCUGCGACCUACCGAUUUCCGUCGUGAGCGGAGUCUGAAGAAAGUUAUGAAUACGCUUGAUAUGACUCUGCACAAUCUGCGACCUCAUCUACGCGAUGACGGGUCGCCGUCACCCCCGACUGACUCAUUUUCGGGUUCUUACAGCACCAGUUCCACGACAGCCUGGGGUCCGCGAAUGUGGAAACUCAUUGAUGAGGAGAUGUCGCUUAACGACUGCGCCAUCUUUUCGUACUCGCCCGAAGACGAUAUGAAUGAUGAUGAUGACGGCGCAAUCUGGAGUCACAAUUAUUUCUUCUUCAAUAAACAGCGCAAACGUGUUUGCUACGUUUAUCUACGCGGAAUUCCGAUAAUGAGCCAUGACGAUGAUGAAAUUAUGGCCAUGUGGGAAGAUGAUGGUGUCGCGACACCUGUCGGCAAGCGGAUUCCUGACGAUUCGUACUAUACGCCCGAUAUCACUGCGAAAAAACGCCAGCGAUACUGGCUUGGUGAUUUGGCCUCCGACGAUGAACCUAUCAGCUCCUCGACUCGUCGUAUAGGUGCUGUGCGCGCAAUGAGUGAGGAGAUGGUUGAUUCCAUGGAAGUGUAA